CUGCUGGCUCGCUGCCCUCGAUCUGCACCAACAUGAGUCCCAAAAAUGUUGUUUUCAAGAAGACUAGCAAGGACAAGUCGGUUGGAGUCUACAUGGGGAAAAGAGACUUUGUGGACCACGUUGACUUUGUGGACCCAGUUGAUGGCGUCAUCAUGGUUGACCAUGAGGCUCUGCAGGGGAGGAAAGUGUUCGUCACCCUGUCUUGCACCUUUCGCUACGGCCGAGACGACAUGGACGUGAUGGGAAUGGCGUUCCGCAGGGAGCUGUACCUGUCAACCCGCCAGGUGUACCCGCCUCUGCAGGACCGCGAGAAGGGAGUCCACACCAGGACACAGGCCAAACUGCUGCGCAAGCUGGGAGACGACGCCUACCCGUUCUUCUUUGAGUUUCCUGACAACCUGCCGUGCUCGGUGGCCCUUCAGCCAGCGCCCAAUGAUGUCGGCAAGCAAUGUGCUGUGGAGUUUGAAAUCAAAGCAUUCAGCGCUGAGAGCCAGGACGCUAAAAUACGCAAACGGAGCACCGUGAAGCUGAUGCUCAGGAAGGUCCAGUACGCUCCAGAGGGAGAGGGAGUGGCACCCUCAGUUGAAACCACCAGGGACUUUGUCAUGUCGGAAAAACCACUUCAUGUCAAGGCCAGUCUGGACAAAGAGAUAUACUACCAUGGUGAGACCAUCAAAGUGCACGUCAGCAUCACAAACAACUCCAACAAAACCAUCAAGAACAUCAUCGUCUCUGUGGAUCAGGUCUCCAACGUGGUGUUGUACUCCAACGACAGCUACGUCAAAUGCGUGGCCAUCGAGGAACCGGGGGAUUCGGUUUCUCCUGGGGCGACCCUGCAGAAAGUCUACAAGCUGCUGCCUGUGCUGGCCAACAACCGGGAGAGGCGGGGCAUCGCUCUGGACGGCAAGCUGAAGCACGAAGACACCAACCUGGCAUCAUCAAGCAUUAUCAAAGAAGGUGUGCUGAAGGAAGUUUUGGGAAUCAUGGUUUCAUACAGAAUCAUGGUGAAGCUCAUCGUAGGAGGGAUGAUGGGAUCAAGUGAGGUCGGCCUGGAAGUUCCCUUCAAACUGAUGCAUCCUAAACCUGAUGCAGUGAAGGAGAGUGAGGUGGAGGAGGAGAUGCAGUUCCAGGAGUUUAAGCGCUCCUACCUGAAGGGGAUGAUCGAUGACGAUGAUGAAGAGGGAAACGUCUCUGGCGGUGACGACAAUGCGCCAAAAGAGAAAUAGAGGACAGAGUCAACAGGACAGCGGCUGUAGCAAAGAGAAUUUGUGCUAGAAAAAAGUAGAGACUUGAAAGAAGGACCAUACCUGUGAUUUUUAAUGUUUUGGGUGUGCUUCACAAAGCAGAGGCAGAAAGGCUCCAAAACAAAAUGCUGAAACAGCCCUCAUAAACCAUCAUCUUAUCUUUCUGCUAGUCUUUUAAGACGGUUGCUUAGUUACACAUCCAGCAGACACAGCAGUUGUGUGUGUGAAUCUCAUAUUAACUCUGCUUUUACUUCUGGUGUGGUCUUCGCCAAUUCUCGAGGAAAAAAUGUCUCUUUAGCUGCUAGCUGUUCCACUUUCAUCACUGGAUACAGUCCUUAACUUUGCUGGAAACGUCUUUCUACAGUUUUAUACAUGGAUACAGCUGCAGGACCACGUAGAGCUGCAGAGUUGGUGUUUAUUCUCUGUGGGUUCUGAACUACGAGACACUUGAACAUUCAUUUCUAUCCUCGUGAGCAUCUGUUUGCAGCCCAAAAUUUAGGAUGACGAGUUAUAUUUUACUUUAUGAAUGUGUAUACAAGGACUGUGCAGCCCUGUUAACACGCAGACUGCAGUUUGUGAAAAUGAGUGUUAAAUAAAAUGAUUUGGAGAUUAUUAAUGUUUGCUAGCUAACAUGCAAAACCACUGAUAUGGUCCUUCAGUAGAGUAAGUGAUGAAUCCUUGUAACGUAAUUUGUGCUUUUCAAUUAAAGCAGGUAACUUCUGACUGAACUUAUCUGAAGUAAUAAUGUUCAUUUUUUACAAUCAGAGAAGAAGUGCAAAGUUUAAUUAUAUUUGAAUAUUGUCAACUACUAUACAACUAAUAUAUGAAUUUGUUUUGUUUGCUGUAAAUGUUAUAUCACAACUCAGACGGCUGAGUUUCCUGCUGGCCCUGCGCCGGAGGAAAUGAUCAGACUGAUGCGAUCCAUCGGUUGUGUUGCUGUAAGACUGCUGCUGAUGAGUUCAGAUUUACUGUAGCAACGUUCAUGUAAAAGGCUAAAUCUUGUUUGGCAUUUAAAGGUGAUGUGAUGCUCAGUGCAGUUUGCUCUCUGUGACAAUAAAAGCUGAUUGAUCUAUUCGUG